ACCUUAAAUCGCGAGUCUCGUUUCUCCCAGAAGCUGCUACUCUGUAACACAUAAUUCAGCUCCAGUUGCUAGACAGGGACUUUUUGAAGGUUGACCCGUCGCAGUGUUGUUGUAUUAUUAUUAUUAUUAUUAUAAUAUAUUUUUAAUAACUAGAAAUGAUUACACAACUGUUAUACAGAGCCGGAACUGCGGUCUUGAAGCGAAACAGCUGCAUCCUAGCGAGAGCUUUUCGGGUACAGAGUUGCUACAGCAGUUCCACCACUGAGCCCAAGAUCGCAGCAAAACACCCUUUCAAAGUGGACCUGGAGGGUGGAAAGCGAUACCCGUGGUGCGCUUGUGGAUACAGCAAAAAACAGCCGUUCUGCGAUGGUUCACACAAGAAGAGCGCUCCAGGUUUGUCUCCGCUCAGGUUCACACUUGAAGAAGCCAAGACUGUCUGGCUGUGUGGGUGCAAGCAGACUCUUAACCCUCCGUACUGUGACGGCACACACAAGCAGGACUUUGUACAGGAAGCAGAGGUCCCAGCACAGCAAUAACAAGCACCUAAACAAUUGAACAUAUUAUAUAUAUUGAAUUGUAAGUCAUAUCCCUUAUUGGAACCUGUUAGCAGCAACUACACUAACAGUAUCGCUGAGAGUGUAGAUGUCACACUCCAUGACAAAGCGUUUGAAGCACAACAGGAUCUGUAAAAAGAGAUUAAAUAUAACGUCAUGUAUUGUCGGUUUGAUUAUUAUUUUUUUUAUUUAGUUUUAAUAACUUGUGAGUGUUUCCCUCCCAAUCAAGUUGAAUGGUGCCAAACGUUUCUAAAAGUUGUCUGGUUUUGUUCAGAUGUUAUUGGUGACCUUUAUCAAACUCUUUUUUUUUUUUUUUUCAUUGUGUGAAUGUAUUACUGGUAACAGUGGUUUGGUAAAAAUACAAAAAUAAAUAAAAAUAAUGCCAAAAUUCAAAUAAAACACUAAGAACAUAGUU